GGAGAGAGAAAAGGGUCAAAACAUUGAAGGAGUUCACCGUCGUCGUCCGUUGCUCUACGAGAUCAGACGGUGGCGUAAGGCCAUGGAAACAUCCAUUUCGAACCUCUUUCCCCACUGAAACACUUUUUUCACAAAUUCCCCCCAAGUUCUCUACGUUCACAGAUUGCCCAAUUUCUCAAUUCUGACACACUAUUUUCUCCCGUUUCUCACUAGCGAUUGCCUCAAAUUCCCAACUCCCAGAUCUGUCUUCAUUCUAUGUCUCACUGAUGUUUUUGUUGACCACAAUUUCACGUUUGAUAAACCACAAGCGUCGCAUCAGUGUUCUUUAGCUUCUUUCGUUGGGAACCCCCCUUUUUUUUUCCUCGGGUGACCCUUUUGAGUCCUCCUUCUAUUCGUGUGAAAUUGAAGGGGGGGAUAUUUAGUUCGAUCGGUUAAUGGCGGCUUCGAGGAAUGUGGCGGUGAGGGAUGAGGAGAAGCUGAAGGAAGAUGACUCUCCGACGGCGAAGAAGCCUAAAUAUGAGAGGUUUCCAUUAACCAGGUGGGAGCUAGCUGCAGCUCUUGCUAUAUUCCUCGUGUGCUUCACUGGCCUUGUGUGUGUGUACUUGACGAUGCCUUCUGCAGAAUAUCAGAGCAUUAAGCUCCCUAGGACCCUUUCGGAUCUUCGGGUGCUCAAGGAUCUCUUUGCAAAUUAUGCCAAAGAUCAUCCAGCACAAUUCAUUCUAGGUUAUUGCUCCACUUAUGUAUUCAUGCAAACAUUCAUGAUUCCUGGAACAAUUUUCAUGUCAUUGCUUGCUGGAGCUCUAUUUGGUGUUAUCAGGGGCCUUCUGUUAGUUGUGUUUAAUGCAACAGCUGGUGCAUGCUCUUGCUUUUUUCUGUCUAAGCUGAUUGGAAGACCUUUAGUGUAUUGGAUGUGGCCGGAAAAGUUGAAAAUGUUCCAGACAGAGAUAGCGAAGCAUCGAGAAAAGCUGCUCAAUUAUAUGCUUUUUCUAAGGAUAACACCAACAUUACCAAACCUUUUUAUCAACUUGGCUUCACCUAUUGUGGACAUCCCAUUUCAUGUUUUCUUCUUGGCAACUUUAAUUGGCCUCGUUCCGGCAUCCUAUAUCACAGUCAGGGCUGGACUUGCACUGGGGGAUCUGAAAUCAGUGAAGGAUUUAUAUGAUUUCAAAACUUUGUCUGUGCUUUUCUUUAUUGGCUUUAUCUCCAUUCUACCUACACUUCUAAAGAGGAAGCGAGUAUACGAAUGAAGGCUAUUUUUUGGGCUUCAUCAUUUCUGCCCGAGCCAUGUGUAUGGAUGGCUGCUAUAACAGAUUGCUAUUGGUUUCAAGUGCUGUGAUUGAUGAUACUAACCAUGGUGAUACCGUGGCGUGUCGGAUGCAGAUGUGACCAUCAAUCAAGCUGUUUACAGAUAUGACACCAUCAAUCAAGCUGUUAUAGCUCACAUUAUACAUUCAGUGGAUGAAUAGGCAGAUGUUUGGAGACUUUGAAAUGAAAUAUUAGGUGAAGAUACACUUGUAUUCACGUUAGGAGCUCACUGAUUAUACUCAAAGUAGGUUAUUUAUGUUGCUCUAUUAUUAUACAUUGAAAAAGCAUUCAGACUCUAGACAGCUUACAAAUUAAAAACUAACUAUAUUUUGUUUUGUUUUUU